AUGUCUCUAGCAAUCAGAAAGAAAAGCUGGGAAGAACAUGUGACCCAGUGGAUGGGAUUGGCCUUGGAGUCUGUGGAGUAUAAUACAGCAUGUCGUCACGGACUUGUAGCUGAUAACUUGCAGACAAGUAUGGAAAAAGAUGAGGUUUUGAGCGUGGACCGGAAAGAAAAAUGCGCUUCGUUUCCAGAGUGCUGUUAUAGUGGCGAGCUGAUUGGCUUCCCUGCAAAGCAGUUGGGAAAUGUUUCAAAGGAGGUGGAUGAAAACGAUAACCAUGAGGAUGAGGAGCAUUUUCUGGAGGCCAGCACAGAAACUCUAGUCCAUAUGUCUGAUGACGAUGAUGACUAUUCAGCACUCAACCUGGAUAGCGUUAAUUACCAUAUCACUGCUAUAGGGAGGGAACCAAACGAUGAAAAGAAGCAUUUAAAUGGAGCAGGCUCCUUAACACAGAUGUUACCAAUAACAGAGAGCAACAAGGCAAUUGGAGCAGCUGGAAUAAUUGGAGAUGUAAGUAAGGAACCUGGUUGUGACAUGGUUCCUAAAGAGGAGAUGGAAGAAGAUGUUUGUGGCAGUAUUGGCCAAAGCCUGGAGCUUUGUAAUUGUGAAGGCUUAGAUGAAGUAGUAGAUGUAGACAGAGAAAAUCUUUCUAAUUCUCCUAAUGUGAAAGAUAUUAUUAUGCCUGGGAAGCAGCUGCUUCAUACUGCUGUAAUUGCACAACAGCGCCGGAAAUCUGAUGCUUUGAAAGACGGGCUUGGAAAGUCUGAGCGUAAUGUGGUAGAGAGUGGGAUUUCUUCUGAAUCAUGCACCAGCAGUGAUAGACAACUCUGUUCAGCAAUGGAAUCUGGUGACUGCCUUAUGCAGUCUGCUCCUUGCUCUCUCAUCCCGGCAGUGGAAAAUGGUCUGGAUGAAAGUGGUUUCACAGAACCUCAAGUGGUCCCUGAAAACAAAUGCCUUUCAAACGCCAGUUCGGCAGAAGACGUUCAGUGUUUACAUGUAAGGGAUCAUUUGACCACACAAGAAUAUUCAGACAGUCAAGUGAAACUGCGCAAAAGAAAGGAAUUAACAGAAGAUCGGGAUCGAUCACGACUGGAUUCAAUGGUGCUGUUAAUUAUGAAACUGGACCAGCUUGAUCAGGAUAUUGAGAAUGCUCUCAGUGCAGGCUCUUCCCCAUCCAGCACCCCAACAUACAAACGGAGGCAUAUACCUGAUGUUGAAUCUGGUUCUGAAAGCGGAGUGGACGUUGCUUCAAUAAGUCACUCACAAACAAAUUUGUCUCCUUACAUCCAUCCUCCUGACCCAGCAUCUUCCUGCUCAGUAGCCAGCUCUGGAGCUAAACCAAAGGCUGGGGCUAUGCCAGUUAUUUCAGAGAAGGAGAAGGCUGAAAUCGAGGCCAAGGAAGCUUGUGACUGGCUGCGGGCUGCCGGGUUCCCCCAGUACGCGCAGCUGUAUGAAGAUCUCCUUUUUCCAAUUGACAUCGCUCUAGUCAAGAGAGAGCAUGACUUUCUGGACAGAGAUGCUAUUGAGGCCUUAUGCAGGCGCUUAAAUACCUUAAACAAAUGUGCAGUGAUGAAGCUAGAGAUUAGUCCCCACAGGAAAAGGAGCGAAGAUUCUGAUGAAGAUGAACCUUGUGCAAUAAGUGGCAAAUGGACUUUUCAGAGGGACAGCAAGAGGUGGUCGAGGCUUGAAGAGUUUGAUGUGUUCCCUCCAAAACCGGACUUGAAUACCCCGUCCCCGGAGGCUCCUCACCUUACAAACGCAGCAAGCCGUGAGAGCGUGCUGACGGACCUCAGCGAACGCCAGGACGUGGCUUCCAUUCUGAGCAUCAGCAGCACCAGCAGCCACCAGCCAACCCUGCAGAGCGAGGCCUCGACCACCAGGACAAACUCCGUCGUGAGCGUUUGCUCGUCGAGCAAUUUCGUAGCAAAUGAUGACUCGUUCAGCAGCCUGUCCUCACCCAGGGAGCUGAGUAGCUUCAGCUUCAACACGAAAGCCAACGAGAAGAACGCCAAGUCCAAAACAAAGAGCCUGCUCAAGAGAAUGGAGAGCCUGAAAAUCAAGAGUUCUCACCAUGGCAAGAGCAAAGCUCCUUCAAAGCUUGGCCUUAUUAUUAGUGGGCCCAUCCUGCAGGAGGGCAUGGAUGAAGACAAACUGAAACAGCUUAACUGCGUGGAGAUUUCUGCCCUCAACGGCAACCACAUCAGCCUCCCCAUGGUACGAAAGAGGAGCGUCUCCAAUUCCACCCAGACCAGCAGCAGCAGCAGCCAGUCAGAGACGAGCAGUGCCGUCAGCACCCCCAGUCCCGUCACACGAACACGCAGCCUCAGCGCGUACAACAAAAGGGUGGGCAUGUACCUGGAAGGCUUUGACCCCUUCAACCAGUCAACGUUCAGUGAUGUGAUGGAGCAGAACUUCAAGAACCGGGAAAGCUUUGCAGAAGACACGGUGUUCUUUAUCCCCGAAGAUCAUAAGCCCGGCACUUUUCCCAAAGCACUCUCCAACGGCAACUUCUCCCCGACAGAAAGCAAUGCCUCUGUGAACUGGAGGACAGGGAGUUUCCAUGGACAUGGCCAUCUAACCCUCCGGAGGGAAAACAGCGGCGACAGCUCCAAAGAGCUCGGCAUGGGGAAAAGGCGCAACUCCUCCAGCUCAGUGAGCAGCCGCCUGAGUAUUUACGACAACGUGCCGGGCUCAAUCCUGUAUUCCAGUACGAGCGACCUGGCCGACCUCGAAAACGAAGACAUAUUCCCAGAACUAGAUGACAUCCUGUACCACGUCAAAGGGAUGCAGAGAAUAGUAAACCAGUGGUCAGAGAAGUUCUCGGAUGAAGGGGACUCCGACUCGGCACUCGACUCCAUCUCCCCGUGUCCUUCCUCUCCAAAGCAGAUCCACCUCGAUGUCGAUAACGAUCGAACAACGCCGAGUGACCUUGACAGCACAGGGAAUUCGCUGAACGAGAUGGAAGAGCCUGGGGGGAUGCAGGACAGGAGGGACUCCGGGGUGGGCGCAUCGCUGACGCGGUCCAGCAGGCACAGGCUGCGGUGGCACAGCUUCCAGAGCUCCCACCGGCCCAGCCUCAGCUCGGCAUCGCUGCAGAUCAACUGCCAGUCCGUGGCGCAGAUGAACCUGCUGCAGAAGUACUCCCUCCUGAAGCUGACUGCUCUCCUGGAGAAGUACACGCCUUCCAACAAGCACGGUUUCAGCUGGGCAGUACCGAAAUUUAUGAAGAGGAUAAAGGUGCCGGAUUAUAAAGACCGAAACGUGUUUGGAGUACCGCUGCAAGUCAAUGUCCAGCGCACGGGGCAGCCUCUUCCACAGAGCAUUCAGCAAGCCAUGCGGUACCUCCGCAACCACUGCCUGGAUCAGGUUGGACUAUUUAGGAAAUCUGGAGUCAAAUCAAGAAUUCAGGCUUUGCGUCAAAUGAAUGAGAAUUCAACAGACAGCGUCAACUACGAAGGCCAGUCUGCUUAUGACGUAGCCGACAUGUUAAAGCAAUUCUUCCGUGAUCUCCCUGAGCCUCUCAUGACCAACAAACUCUCUGAGACCUUCCUACAGAUAUACCAAUAUGUGCCAAAGGAUCAGCGUCUCCAGGCUAUCAAGGCUGCCAUUAUGCUUUUACCCGAUGAGAACAGGGAGGUCCUCCAGAUUCUUCUCUAUUUCCUGAGUGAUGUCACAGCUGCAGUGAAGGAAAACCAGAUGACACCAACAAACCUGGCCGUCUGCUUAGCUCCUUCCCUCUUCCACUUAAACACGCUCAAAAGAGAGAAUUCUUCCCCAAGGGUGAUGCAAAGAAAACCAAGCCUGGGAAAACCCGAUCAGAAAGACCUAAAUGAGAAUCUGGCUGCAACCCAAGGGCUGGCUCAUAUGAUUGCUGAAUGCAAGAAGCUCUUUCAGAUACCCGAAGAAAUGAGCAGGGGCCGGAACUCAUACACGGAGCAAGAUCUGCGUCCCCUCAGCCUGGAGGAGCUCCGGGGUGGCAGCAGCUCAGCCGAGCCCUCCGACUACCACUGUUACCUUCAGGACUGCGUGGAUGACUUGCUCAAAGAGAUGAAGGAGAAGUUUAAAGGCUGGGUCAGCUGCUCCACCUCGGAGCAAGCAGAACUGGCCUACAAGAAGGUAUGCGAAGGUCCACCACUCCGGUUAUGGAAAACUACCAUUGAAAUCCCAGCGAUGCCAGAGGAUGUUUUAAAUCGUUUACUUAAAGAGCAGCAUCUUUGGGAUGAAGAUCUUAUCGACUCAAAAGUAAUCGAACCUUUGGAUAGCCAGACAGAUAUAUACCAGUAUGUCCAGAACAGCAUGGCACCUCACCCAGCCAGGGACUUUGUAGUCUUGAGAACAUGGAGGACAAACUUCCCCAAAGGAGCCUGUGUGCUUCUGGCAACCUCAGUGGACCAUGACCGUGCUCCGGUGGCAGGCGUUAGAGUCAAUGUGCUCCUGUCUAGGUAUCUGAUUGAGCCCUGCGGGUCAGGAAAAUCUAAACUUACCUACAUGUGCAGAAUUGAUUUAAGGGGCCACAUGCCAGACUGGUACACCAAGUCUUUCGGACACUUGUGUGCAUCUGAAGUCGUUAAGAUACGAGACUCUUUCAGUCAUCAGAGUCUUGAGAGCAAGGAGAUAAAAUCCAGGUGACUACUGAAGAGGAACAGCCAUGCGCUCCACACCUCAGCAACGUAAACUGUACCCAAAACGGAGGCUCGUCCGCUGCGGACCGGACUAGUGCACCAUCUGCAAGUCAUGUCGUGUCACGGAGGGGUGACAGCGCGAGAACUUGACUGUGAGCGUUGCUAGAGGACUGUGGCCAUACCAUACACUUUAAAGCUGCUUCCUGUCUGUGUAAGGUCUAUAGUGUAGGCCUCGACUGGAAUACAUAGGAGGACUGUGCGAA